CAAAUAUGCAGUUUCAAACUUUACGGUUUAUGAGCGCUUGCAUUUUUACCCAGCUGCGAAAUCUUGUAAAGGAAAAUUAAAAUUUAAUAACGGUGGUUUCUGUAGAUUGAAACAGUUUCUCUGUUAGAUUCUGGAAUAUGCCGUAGCGCUAGACUACCCGUAUGCAAUGCAGCGGAAUCUGAUUCCCAAGCAAACGCUACGCUGGGAACUAUGUAUCCUCUGUAUCACCGGUUUCGUGCCCAUUGCUGUGCUUUAUCCCCGAGCAUUCACCCCCAAAAUAACAAACAUUCUUGACAUACUGUCCCGCAUUGUCGGCCUCCUACUAAUAACGGGUUCAUGGAUAUGCUGCUCCGCCGUGUGCUUCCUAAUCAUCACCCGUCUGGGUCGUACCGACUGGUACUUCCCCACGAACAAUGUAAUCAUCCAAGCGGCCAUUGCCAGCACCGUUGUACUGGUCAACCUCCGUGCGGCGGCUGUUUUAACUAUCCUGUACAUAAAGCGCGACGCCUGGCACGAGAUCUUGGCACAGUUUGAUCGCCUCACGCAGUCAACCACCCAACCACCGUCCGUCAGGAUCUUCGGAGCCGGGACGUGUUUACUGCUGAUUAUGACUGCAGUCGUGUGGUCCUACACGCAAAUAUCCAUUCUCAUCGGCCGACAGAUUUCGUUUUACGCUGCCGAUUCCUUCGAGCCGGUGCCGAUUGUGUUCAUAGUUUACCAGUUUGUCAUAUUUUGGUGGAUUUUUAAUACCGGACCGCUGUUAUUGACGCAGCUGCUGUUAGGCACUCAGAUGACCUUUGCGCACUUCCAAAACCAGACGCUGCAGCUCAUCCUGACUUGGCAGAAUCAACUACUGAGUAAAUUGCGCAGUAUUUCCCCGGAGAAAAGCGUCUUGUUGAGUGCGGAUGUAGCGCAAAUGGGGAAUAUGCACUACGAGACAGUGGCGCUGUGUGAGCGGUUGAAUGCGGCCUUCAGUCGGGCGUUGUUUUUUAUUUACGGACUGGACUGUCUGACCGCGUUCGGCAAUGUGGCCACGCUCGUGGCGGGCUUUGCCUAUGAAGAGCAGAAAUUGUCGCCGCUGUAUGUACGGAUCCCGGUUGUUUAUGCUGUUAUGGUGUUCCUGUCGCACGCCACGGUGUGUUUGAUCCCCAUGGCACAAGUUGAACAGACGGGUCAGCAGAUUGCCGAUGGUUAUUAUCGACUGUGGGGUGUCGUUCAAUUGAAUCGCUUGGGAGAUGUGGAGAGGCCAUCAGCCGCAGAAGCACCGACUCUCGGUGAGGAUUUCCAGCGACUAGGAAAAAUCAGCGAAAAAGCCGUACCGGUUUUCUAUGCUGGACAUGUGUGCCGGAUAACGUGGCACUUCAUCGCUAAGACCUUAACGUACAUGGCAUCGUUCGUCAUUCUGGCAUACGAAAUUGUGGAUGUAUCGGGCGUACGGGAUGGUCUGGAGAAACUGCAUAAAAUUGUCCAAAGCCAUAUGAGUCUCUCCAAAGAUUUUUUUAAUUAUUCCGCUUAUGAUCGCAAAGAUUAAUAGGGAUAGUAGCGGCUUUUUUCACGAUUUCGAUUUGGUUGCAGCAGGUAUUUGCCUCAAAUUUGUACUCGCACAUAAAAUCAAGGGCCAUUUCCGGUGCCGAGUUGGUUAUGCACCCGCCAAUUUGUUUAUACAAUUACAUUUCGAUAGCUUUAAUUCAACAAGCUGAAU